AUGUCUAAGCUUGCUUUCACGGUCAGCGGGACCUGCCCAUCCAACCCAGCAUCGCAAGACGUUGUCACUGUCGACGUGAGAGUCUUUGCCCAAGCACCUCAUGCAGAUGCUCUGUCUCUGUCCAACUUCCGCAACAAGUGCUGGAAUAUCGUUAUGUCGACAUACCCCGGAGCAGCCUUCGCGGUCGAUGACCGCCAGGCAUUUCCAAAGCCAUGCAAUGAGUACUUUGUCACUAUAAUGCCACAAGCCCUCGUCAAGCAUAGAGCCUAUCUUCCUUGGAGCGAACGUGUGAUUGAAAUCGAGCCACCGACUGAUACAGUUCCUUCUGUGCAUCAGCAAGAGGUGCAACCGGUGUCUGAGCCACAACCGCUGCUCUCUUUUGGGCCGAGCAUCAUGGCGCCGCUGGGAUAUAUCGCUCACGCCCGAUCCGGGGACAAAGGCUUGGAUUGUAAUAUAGGCUUUUUUGUCCGCCACGAGGAUGAAUAUGCCUGGCUGAAGUCUUUGCUCACUGUGGACCGAAUCAUCGAUAUUUUACAGAAUGAUUAUAAUGGAGGACGCAUCGAACGAUUCGAGCUGCCAAAUAUCCAUGCUGUCCACUUUCUGCUGAAAGACCACCUAGAUCGAGGAGUGGCGGCAAGCUCGACUUAUGAUGUGCUCGGAAAGAAUGUGGCUGAGUAUCUGAGAGCAAAGCAUCUACCAUGCUUGGUCCUCUGCCAUGGUUCCUCAGCACUGAAAGAGAUGGACCUUGACAAUUUCGCCGAACGCUUCACUAGCCGGCUCAAGAUGGCCUGUGUCGUUUACGACAACCGAGGACUCGGGGACAGCGAUACCGGACCAGGUCAGCCCAGGCAGGAGAUUGUUCCUGAUCUCCGGGUCGCUGAUAUAUCUGAUGCCAUCACCUUUGCCCAGUCUCGAAGUGAAGUCGAUCCAGAGAGAAUUGGUAACUGCGGAAGCUCUUACAGUGGCGGGCAUGUCCUCCACGUUGGCGCUGUUGAUAGACGCGUCAAGGUAGUUCUAUCUCAGGUCCCGUACCUGAAUGGAUGGGAAAACUUCAACCGGCUUGUGCGUCCAGAUUUUGCUGAGUUCAUGGAAGGCAAUUUCCAGAAAGAUCGAUUCGAGCGAGCCGCCGGAAACACCCCAGCCACCGUCAAAGUGGUAGACGAGAACCCUCUUGCACCCUAUGCGCUCCCCACGCCUGAUAGCUAUGACUUCUUCCAGAAGCUUUGGGCUCCCAAGUCAGCAUGGAAGAAUGAGGUCACGCUCAAGUCGCUGGAGCUCUUCCGUGCGCACGAUCCAUCGGCGUGGGUCUAUCGCAUCUCACCGACACCGCUCUUGAUGGCGGUUGCGGAAAAUGAUGUUUUGACGCCGACGGACCUAGCUCUCGAAGCCUACUCUCGAGCACGGGAGCCAAAACAGCUCUCUAUGUUGCCCGGAGGACAUUUUGACGCUUACACUAGAAACAAUUUUGAGCGAAAUACGGCUCGGCAGAUCAAGUUCCUUAAGGACUUUUUGGGAGUCGAAGAUAAUUAG